AUGGAUUAUGAAAAAAUCAAGGGGGAUGUUAAGAUCGUUGAAAACUUGAACGAGCCGUCACAAGGCAAUUUGACAUCGUAUCAGGAAACACUGCGUUUCCGAACAUGGCGCAAACACACUCGGGACCUUUACCAAAGUCUUUUUCACAUUGACCUUGUUUGGGAAACCCCAGCUGCGCAGCUCAUGCCAUUUGUUACACCAAAAGGUGAUGUUACAACCUACACCAUACUCAGUGGAACACGCACAGGAGGGCAGGAACAGGCUUACCUUCAGCUUCUUGCUGCAACACUCCCUAGUAACACCAGUAUUUUAGAUAGUGCUGAUCGUCCUUAUUGCGAUGCUACUGGCGAAGUGGGCGGGUAUGGAAUGUCACCCAGCACAUGUAACCUUCGAGUUGAGCGUCGCAUUUUGCACGACGGCGAUGUACUGGCCGCACGUUAUAUGUACGCAAACCCACUUCUUAUUGCGUCUGCAUCCAGCAAUGGAACGGUUUACAUCUUUGACUGGUCGCGCAUUUCGCUGAAUCGGUUUCCAAAUGACCCUCCUCGUCCACGGGCACCCCUACCUCCGAACGAACUGAGCAGCAAUCCCAGUGACGAGGAACGCAUCAAUUAUCAGAAGCGCAUGCGUGAACUCAACACAAUUAUAGCAGAACAGGACCGCUGGGACCGUCGACGUGGUGCAGGCCAGCACGUCCUCACGCUGGUCGGUGGCAACGGUCCCUCUGACAAUUUGGAUUGGAGCACGUCACAGGAUGGCGUGCUGGUUUCUGGUUCUUUAGGAAAAGUGUGCGCAUGGAAGAUCGGCAACCUUUCUAAGGACGAUCCGCGCACUGUAGAACCAUACGAAAUGUUUUGUUACGAUAACGAAGAAGAUUGUCGAAUCUCAUCAGUAAAAUUUUUGUGGAAAUCUGAAAAUGAAUUUGUUUGCAGCACAACAAACGGUAGUAUUUUUUACAAUGAUUUGCGUACACAGAACAUGACUGAAAUCUUUUCUUUACCGGUAGAAGCUACUGCAGUAUCAACGUCCCCAUUAGAUUCCAACCUUCUUCUUGUGGGAAGCCAAGGGGGCGAAGUCUUUCUCUUUGAUUUACGGCAAAGCUCGAUGCCACUGCAUUUGGAACAGCUUCAUGAAGGUGAGGUAACAUCGUUAGAGUGGUGCCCGCAUUCUCAACACCUCUUUGCCUCUGGAGGAGUGGACCAAAAUGUGUGCAUUUAUAACAUAAAACGUGAGAAACUACUCUUUAAACACGCAGGUCACACAGAUAGCAUCAUGGACCUUGGAUGGAACUGGCAAAAGGCUAAUGCAGGACAGCUUUUAUCAGCAGAUAGUAACGCUUUAAUGUUGUGGCGUCCACGCGAUUAUUAUUUCUUCACUUAA